CCCUCAUUAGUUAUAGAACCCACAGAACCAACUGCGAUAUGGGGUAACAUGGCACUUAGUUCUUGUCCUGGUAAAAAAGUACGUCUGUCAGGUCCGGUUCGAGGGAGGGCAGCCAUAAACCGUGAUCUAGAUCUGGAUUUUGAGAGAAUGGCUUCGUUUAAUAUUACUGCAAUAGUUUGUUGUCUUGAUGACAAUGAAUUGGAUUUCUUGGGUGCCUCAUGGCCAGACUAUAUCCAGGCAGCCAAAACACAUCAUUUGGAAGUCAUCAGAUUACCGAUGGCAGAAGGUGGAUGCCCGAGUACACUACAAGAAGUACACGAAGCUAUUCAAUGCAUAAACAAAAAUAUCCAGCAUGGACAGAAUGUUCUUGCACAUUGUAGAGGAGGAGUUGGACGUGCUGGCUUAUUUGCUUGUUGUUGGUUACUCGAGAAUAGACUGUGUUUAACAGCUGAACGUGCAAUACUUUAUGUACGCACACGAAGAAGUGCAAAGGCAAUUGAGACAAUGCGCCAGGCAGAGUUUAUCAUUCAUUAUGCCCGUUUCGUCAAUCAAAGGGCAUACCAACUGCCU